CUCUGAAAUUACCAGACUUAUAUGAAAGCAGAGUUUAGUGGUGGUAAAAUGUUUUCAAAAUAUUUACUUUUCUUGGUUUUGGUGACUAUUUCGAGUGUAAUUUCCAAUAAUGUGUCAUUCAAAAAUGUUACUCUUUGGAUUUGGGGCAAAAACCUCACAACCAUCCCUUCUGCAAACAAUCUCAAGGACUAUUUACCUAGAAAGUGGACCUCGAUGAUUCUUGUAACUGGGACAAUACCAAUUUUAUACGAGAAUUCCGUCACAGACAUUGAAAAUGUGAACGAUCUUCAAUUCAUCGGAAAUGAAAUCAUUGAAAUACGUCCAGGAGCAUUCAAAAAUUUAAAAAGUGUUGAAACAAUAAGAAUAACUGGAAGCAACAUCACCACCAUUGCUGGGGUUUUUGAUAAUCUCACUUUAGAACAACUUAGUAUAGGUUCCAACAAAAUCUCGGUCAUCCCAUCUGGAGUUGUGAAAAGUUCCGAUCUGAAAGAAUUGAGUUUUGCCAAUAAUAUAAUCGAAACUGUAGAAGAAAAUGCUUUUGACCACCUUCCAAAUUUAAAAACAUUGGAUUUAUCUCAUAAUUUACUCUCAGAUCUUCCCUCUGGUAUUUUCAGAAAUUUAUCUCACAUUACAUAUAUCUCAUUGGACAAUAACAAAUUCACCACAAUCAAGGGAGAAAUUUUCGACAAUUCUUCGAUACUUAACUUGUAUUUAGCUGACAACUUACUGAAAACUCUUUCAGAAAAUUUCAUGAAACAGAUGCCAAAUUUAAUCGGGAUUUACCUGAACCGAAACCAUUUAACAGAGAUUCCUGCUGGCAUUUUCAACAACCAAACUGUACAACAUGUGGAUCUAUCCAACAACGAAAUUUCCUACAUUGCACCAAAUGCAUUCGACAACAUGCCCAACUUGACAGAUUUAUUUUUACCUAGAAAUAAAUUGCAACAGUAUGACUCUAGGUGGUUGCACAACUGUCCAAAAAUCUAUCGAUUAUUUCUUUCCAAUAAUCUCCUAGAGCAGCUUCCAGAUCAAGCUUUCAAAAAUUUGAACAACAAAAAAGAACAAUGGGUUAAAUUAGAUAGUAACAAAAUAAAGAAAAUUUCGGCUGAAACAUUCAAAGGGUGGAAACGAGUUGAUACUUUGGAACUCAAUUCUAACGAAAUUAAAGUCUGGCAUGAGGAUUACCUUGCGGAUGUUGAAAUUAUCAGGACUCUCAAUCUUGUAAAUAACAAGAUUGUGUGUCUCGACGGUGAUUUCGACAAAGUUUUUAAAGCCAAAAGGUGCACUUAUUUAGGUAAUAAUCCAUUCAGUAAUGACUGUAAAAGAAAAAUUCGAGAAUGGUCCGCAAGAAAUCCACACAAAGUCGUUGUUUAAAUAUUUUUAUUGAAUUCUAAUGUUUGUAGAUAAAUAUUAAAGCAAAAGUUAUCUGCUAGGGUA